AUGAUCGUAAAAUCUGUUGUACUGCUCUUUGCGCUGAGUAUUGUAACCCUAGGACAAGGUCAGUUCAACUGUGACGAUGGUUGGACGUUAGGACGCGAGACGACCAAAUGUUAUCAGAUCCUGACUCACAACUUGACAUUUGAUGGCGCUACUUCGGCUUGUCAAAAACUUGACUCAAAACUGGCGACCGUUGAAAGUGCUGCCGAGAAUCAGGCAAUCUAUGAUCUCUGGCGUACUAAACACCGUUAUUUUGGACCAUAUAUUAAUGGCGUUCGGACUGGAUUCGGCCAACUCGACUUUGCCUGGGCUGACGGGACUUGGAUGGAUUAUACAAAUUACGAUAAUGCGGCCAUGAAUGACUACGGCCAUGCGGAAAACUGUUUGGAAAUGCUUGGAAGCGGGCGAUGGAACGAUUUGCCUUGUGGUUCACCCCGUAGUGUCGCCUGCGAGAAAGCGGCCAAUCCUGAUCAGUUCAAUAUUGAUUUAAUG